AUGGACAAGAAGAAGCUCGUUCUUACGAACGAGGAGGUGGAGGAGAAGAUCAAGAACAAGCCGCAUCAACACCACCACAAACUACGAAGCUUGCUCAUAUCGACGAAACACGGCCAAAGACCCAUAAUCCAAGAUGUUGUCACCGCGGUCAACACUCGAACAUCUCGCCACACCUACGAGGCGUUGAUGCCAAUGGAUUACGAGUAUACCACUACAUCCACAGUCUGCGUUCCACCCCAGUCAUCUUCUCCACUAAUCACUCGACAGCUUUCUCUCGACGAACGUAUAACCCUUGGCCUCAGCCAGUGGCGUCCUACGAACGGGCACGCCACCAUCGAACAGCUCAAGGCGGACAUUGAAGUCCCCAAAAGGGCGUACAAGCGAGAGAUCGAAGACAAGAAGGCGAGCCAGGGCGAGCUCGAGAAAUGUAAACGGGUUCUUGGUACGACAGUAGUUUGCAAUAUUCAUGCUGUUCUGUUGUUUGUUGCAUAUGUGGGGUUGAAGGGUAUCCGAGAGGCAAGGAAGGGUCAUUUGUGA